AUGCGUAGCGAAUCGCCCUACGCGGACGAUGUGCUGCGGGAACAUAUGGAGCAGGAACGAGCAGAUGGGGCAGAGCAGGCGAGUGUGGCCGUGCUCGUGUUGGGGGACAUCGGGCGCAGCCCGCGCAUGCAAUACCACACCUACUCGUUCGCCGAGAAGGGCGUACACGUGGACUUCGUGGGCUACGAAGGUGAGCCAGCGCGGGACGAGGUGGAGCACCACCCCAACAUCACGCAACAUCGCAUAUGGCAGUUUCCUUGGAGGUUUCCACGACCACUCUUCGUCGUCUACGCCUUCCUCAAGCUGCUCGUGCUCACACUGCAGCUGUUCUGGGUGCUCCUCUUUGGCAUUCGCAAGCCCUCUCUCAUCCUCAUGCAGAACCCACCGGCCAUUCCCUCGAUGGUCAUCGUCUACAUCGUGUGCAAGCUUCGCGGCGCCAAGCUUGUAAUCGAUUGGCACAAUUUUGGCUACAGCAUUCUGGCGAUCAACCUGGGGCAAGGGAGCCCUCUCGUCAAGAUCCAUCGAUGGUACGAACACUUCUUCGGCCGAAGAGGGGACGCCCACCUGUGCGUGUCGGCGGCCAUGCAGAGCGAACUCGAACACAACUGGGGCAUUAGUGCACAUGUGCUGUACGAUCGGCCGCCUGCCUUCUUCAAGCGACUAAGCGUGGCCGAGGCGCACGAGCUGCUCGCCUCGCGCGACCUCAAGAAGUCGUUCAAGCCGUGCGCCGAGAAGCUGAACAGGAAGCUCUCGUCAACGGACACCCUCUUCACCCACAAGCAGGAAAAGGGCAAGGAGAAGGAGGGCCAGCCCAUCACCUUCACCAAGUACUACUGGCGAGAGGACAGGCCUGCGCUGAUCGUGAGCUCGACGAGCUGGACGCCGGACGAGGACUUCUCCAUCCUGCUGGCAGCCAUCGAUGAGUACGAGCGGAUCAUCGAAGAGAGGAAAGACCACUCCUUCCCCCACAUCAUCUUCGUCAUUACCGGCAAAGGACCGCAGAAGGAGUACUAUCUAGACCUGAUCAAGCAGAAGAGCUGGAACCACACGCAGGUCAUCACCAUGUGGCUCACCGCCGAGAACUACCCCAAGUUCCUUGGCGUGUGCGACUUGGGCAUCUCGCUCCACACGUCGUCGUCGGGGAUGGACCUCCCGAUGAAGGUCGUCGACAUGUUCGGAUGUAGCAUGCCCGUCUGCGCCUACAAAUUCGCCUGCGUGGACGAGCUGGUCAAGCACCAGGAGAACGGACUCCUCUUUGAUUCGAGCAAGCAGCUGGGCCAGCAGAUCUACCAACUGUUCCGUCAGUUCCCGAACAAGGACGAGCUGGCGCGCGUGACGGCCGAGGAGCCCGAGCGGUGGGACGACAGCUGGGAGGGCGCCUGGCAGGCCGUGUUCGCUCCCCUGAUCUUGGGUACGACGGACGGUGAAGGCCUUGACGACGACCAAGCGGAGCACGAGGACGACGACCAACAUUGA